UGCUGACGUUGUUGUUGUCAAAUUGACACUGUCUUCCGGUGGUAGUUCCUGUCACAAUGGCUCGGUCACUUCCAUUUAACAUCGCAGUUGUUUGUUCUGUUUUGCUCUUUGUGUGCACGACACUUGUGUGUUGUAAUAACGGCAGAAGGGUCGGUGAUGCCCUGGACCUGGAGUUCGGGGGCUUCUCGGUGCCUCUGGAACACUCCUUCGAAAUCGAUGAUGUUGCAAAGUUUGAGGUUCGUGGAGCACUGGUGUUGAAAGCUGGGAGGGAGCCCAGCGCCUCACUGAGUCAGAACCAGCUGUCGGGGGAAGACAGAACCAAACUGAAGGAAGUGGCUGCUGUCGACGGUCUGUACAGAAUCCGAGUGCCUCGUGUUUUCCGACAGACAGACAGACAGACAGAGCGACAGAUGGAAGGUUAUCUCACAGCGUUUGUCAGAGCCUGUGCCAUGGUUGAGUCCCAUCUGAGCGACUCCAUCACACUCAACACUGACGUCUCUGGGUAUCUGAUCGGCGUCUCUAUAGUGACGUUACCUGGGGCCUGUCGGGGCACUGAGGUUGAGGACGAAGUUGAUCUUGAGGUUUUCAACACUACGCUCCGUGUCUUGCCACCUGUCAAUGCACCUGGACCGGAGACGGCUCUGUUCCUUGAACGAAUCGAGCUGGAAUCGGAGAAGAAAGCAAAGAAUCCACAAGAGCAGAAAUCUUUCUUUGCAAAAUAUUGGUAUUUGAUUCUGGGAGGUGCAAUCUUCCUCAUGGUCACCAAUUCGGCAACGCCCCCAGCAGGGGGAGACAGAGAGCAGAGCUGAUACCCACUGAAUGGAUGUACAUCGUUCCUCUUGUUCUCUUCUUGAUGAUGUCAGGCGCUCAGGACCAAUCAGGAGGUGGAGCUGGGGGCGGAGCAGCCAACGGAGGUGGCCGAUGAUCGGCACACAUAGUUUUUUUCUUUAUGUGAAAAUUUACUCAAAUAAUUCUCUUGAGCAGUUUUUAAUUGCUGUAACAUAAUGCUAUUUCAGGCAAUGUCUAACAGAACUGAAACCUGUACAGAAUAGAGGAAAUAAUGUGCCCUGCAGACGACUGCAUUUUUAAUACUAAUGUGAAAAUAAAAUAUUUGUUCCUCGAA